AUGAUCUGGAAUACGCUUUUACUUGCUGUCCUCAUUUGCACCGUUUCAGGGCAAGAUGUGGACGUAGAACACGUUAUCGCGGGUUACGUACCUGGAAUCAGUGGUAUGGUACCAAUUCCCCAAAGAGACUGUCUGAACAAUGAAAUUCGUUCGAAUGGUUACUUGUCAAACUCCCUGGAGUGUGCUCGAACAUGUAGGAUAGGAGAAUCGAGGAUGUGUUAUUACAAGUUCGUGGUUGAACGAUAUCCUGUUAAUGGCCAAGCAUGCAACUUGUGCAUGCCUAACGUUACCAACACCGUGUGCGCCAAUUGCCAAUGCGUUCCCGGGGACGGCACGCAGCGGAUGGCUCUAACCGUGAACAGAAUGUUGCCUGGACCAACUAUACAAGUCUGCAUAGGGGAUCGUGUCGUGGUGGAUGUUGUAAAUAUGUUGAAGUCAGACUCAUUGACGAUCCAUUGGCACGGUCUAUUCCAACAAGGUUCUCCGCAUUACGACGGGGUUCCACAUGUAACGCAGUGUCCGAUCAAUUUUCAAGACACGUUCAGAUAUCAAUUUGACGUCAACAAUGGCGGCACUCAUUUAUGGCACGCUCACACCGGAUCGCAGAAAUUGGACGGUAUUUUUGGCAGUUUCAUCGUUCGUGUACCGUCUGUGGAAGAACCGUAUUCUCAUCUGUACGACUACGAUUUGGCAAGUCACGUGAUUGUUAUUAACGAUUGGUUCAAGGAAGAAUCUACCAAUCGAAUUCCAGGUCGAAGGGCUGGCGAGACUCGGCACACCGCUGAAGCGUUUUUAAUUAACGGAAAAGGAAGAUACGUUGAUUCCAGUGGUACCACGACAAACAUCCCCUUCGAAGUGAUCACUGUCAGCGCUAACCAACGUUACCGUUUCCGUUUAAUUAAUUCCUUCUGCACCGUUUGCCCGGGACAAUUGAUUAUCGAAGGACAUAAUGUUACUGUGAUCGCGUCCGAUGGUCAGCCUAUCGAACCUGUUUCGGUUAAUUCUAUUAUUUCCCUUGCUGGAGAACGAUAUGACUUCGUUCUUAAUGCUAACCGAAAACCUGGCGCUUAUUGGAUACAGCUUCGUGGAUUAGACAAUUGUGCCCCAGAUCGCGUCCAACAAUUAGCUAUACUGCAAUACGAGGGAGCAUCUACUACGCCAAACACGAAGGAACCUACUCAUGAUAACCCACUUCCUUCCGGAGUUGUAAUGAAUGUAGCAGCCGAGGGUUGCGACGUUUCUAGCAAAGACCAAGUUUGCCUCAGUGAAAUUCGGAAUGCGAUGCCGGUAGAUCGGGGAAUUUUGACGAAGAACCCAGACGUGAAAUUGGUCCUUCCAAUCGGUGUGCUUAAAUACAAAGCAGAAGAGAUUUUUAAGCCUAACACGUACAAAAACUUUAUAAUUCCAUCGGCAAAUUUGAUAGUGGUAGAGACGUUGAACAAUAUAAGCUCAAUUUCACCAAGUGCCCCACCACUGUCACAGUUGGAGGAUAUUUCCGACGAACCAUUUUGCAACGGUGACAAUUUACCAGCCAACUGUAAAACGGGAGUUUGCUCUUGUAUACACUUAAUUAAAAUUCCAGUCGAUUCCAUCGUGGAAAUCGUUUUAAUCGACGAGUUCAACGCGAAAUUCGUCCGGCAUCCAUUCCAUUUGCAUGGAUUCGCAUUCCACGUGAUGGCCAUGGGCCAGCCUCUCGGUCCUACCUCGGACAAAGGAUUUCAAAUGACAACGAGUUACUUCCAUCACCUUGAAUUAAACAAUAAGAUAGCGAGGAAUUACAAUUUACCUCCAGCAAAAGAUACCAUUCCUAUACCGAACAAUGGAUACGCUAUACUUAGAUUCCGUGCAAAUAGUACAGGUUUUUGGAUGUUACACUGCCAUCAGCUCUUCCAUAUAUUGGCUGGGAUGGAACUUACUUUCCAGGUUGGAGAACCACAUCAAAUGCCACCAACGCCAAAAAAUUUCCCGAGAUGCGGUAACUUCAAGCCUAAGAUCGAAGUCAGAAAUACAAAUACGCAGUUCAGAAUAGCUUGA